UGGCUGGCGAGUUUGCUAGCUCCAUUGUCAUUCUGCAUUUCCAUGGGACUCCUUCACAUCUUCGUCGCUACAGCCGGUCUCUGUUCCAUUGGAGUCACAAGUGCUUUCACUGGUAUCGCGACGACGUACGGUCCACCUGAUGGCGAGAGUCCCCAAGGCGGCAACUGCGCCAUGAUGAAGUGGCUGCCGCUCGCUCCACAGUUCCACGUCGCCAUCAACGACAAUCAGUACGACACGGGUGCCAACUGCGGGCGGUGCGUGUCUGUCACGUGUGUGGAUGCCCGAUGCCAAAGCAAGCGCACAGUGCUCGGACAAGUCACAGACCGGUGUCCAGAGUGCAGUCAGGGAGAUCUGGACAUGAGUCUCCCCAUGUUCCAACAGGUCACAGGAUUCACCACCGAUCGGUUGGCCAUCUCGUGGGAGUUUGUGGACUGUCCCGUGACCGACGGCGUCCAAGUGUGUGCCAAGGAUGGCAGCAGCAUCCAUUGGCUGUACGUUCAACCCGGCAAUACUUUGAAUGGGGUAAAGAGCAUGCGCAUCAACGGAGGCGACGCGCCGCUGUUUGGGUCGGCGUACUACUUCAUGUCGACGGUGCUGGGGACCGUGGAUUUGAGUCAGACGCAAGUGGAGAUGACGUCCCACAGCGGACAAACCAUCAAGGCGACUGUGGCGUUGGUGGCCAACCAGUGCACCCAGAUUUCACAGCAAUUCAGUGGAGUUGGAGGUGGUCAGCCGUCCCCACCUGCCACCCCAUCACCUCCAACCCAAGCCCCUGUAACUCAACCUCCACCAACAACGCAAACCCCUCCACCAACUCAGCCUCCAUCAACUACAUCACCACCAACGCAAGCACCAGUUACACUGCCUCCACCAACACAACCAUCACCAACUACCACGCCAUCAACGACAGAAGUGCGGACUACUCAAGUACCCACUACUCAAGUACCUACUACUGAACUACCCACUACUCAAGUACCCACCACCCAAGUAACCACUACUCAAGUACCCACUAUUCAAGUACCCACUACUCAAGUACCCACUACUCAAGUACCAACUACUCAAGUACCAACUACUCAAGUAUCGACUACUCAAGUACCGACUACUCAAGUACCGACUACUGAACCACCAACUACUCAACCACCAACUACUCAAGUACCUACUACCCAAGUACCGACUACUCAACCACCAACUACUCAAGUACCUACCACUCAAGUACCGACUACUCAAGAACCGACUACUGAGCCACCGUCCACCCGAUCCCCCACAUCAACUCGGCCACCCUGUACGGAACCGCCAGCAACUUCAUCGACAACGGUUGAACCAACGUCAGCUCCGCCUCCGACGACAAGGAUACAAACAUUCAUUCCAUCGAGUGUACUACCGACCACGACUGCUGCACAGUACCCGACCAUCACUCCCACGGCGACUUCCGUGCCAUCUUUAGCCCCUUAUACCACGAGCUGGGCAACAGAUGCACCGUCACCGUCGCGAGUUCCCACCACAUCGCCAACUUCACCCCCCCCGAGUAUUUCCCCAUGCACUGAACCAACUAGUACAUCUCCGCCAGAUGGUACCACUGCAACAACGCCGCCGCUUUAUUCUGCUUCAAUUGAUGUCUUGGCUGGCUCGCCCAACUCGAUCGUUCCUUCGUCGCCGUCCACGUUAUUAUUGCCGCCAUCCCCUCCAGCAAGUUCGGGAGCAACUCAGCCAGUCGCUUCCUCACCCACGACGCCAUCCAGAGUGCCCACCGUCACUGCCAAGUCGGACACUGUGUCCGUGCGACAAUCAGCCACCACGUCCGAUGCAUCCGGCAGCAUUCUGAUCAUCACGAUUGCGUUCAUUGCCGUGGGAGUGGGUAUGUACGUUGUGGUCGUCCAGCGCGCCCGUCGGGGACUCGCCAAAGACAAAAAUGCGAAUGCGCUGAGCGAAAUCCCCAUCUUAGAAACCCCCACAAGUCGCGCCGUCAGUAUUCUGUAGCGACUACACACUCAUGACCGACGAACAACGAUUUGAUAUACUACUG